CGGGACGACAGGGGAGAAACUCCAGGAAAACUGACGGAGCUCGCGCACGAUGUAACGGGAAGGGUACAUUUUUGCGUAAAGGGGAAACUUUGUAUGGACAUGAGGAUAAUUGGGGAUAACUCGCCAUUUUUAACAGAAAAGCUGGACUUGUGAGGAAAAAACGUCAUCUUUUAAUCACCAUUUAAACCUACAGGGUGUUUUUAAACCGCUUCUCGCUCUUAAUUAAACAUGAAAUGAGAGUUUGACGGAUGAAAAUGCGCGUGGACCCCACAGCUGUGCACUGAGGAGAGGAGGUGCUCAGAGAAGCCCGCCAAUGCUCACCUUUGGUCGGCACUUCAAAGCAACUUGUUGAAACAUUCAUCCGCGAGCGUCAGUGAGAGGAAAGGUAGCAGCAUGGCUGAGCACGAGAGCCUGGAGUAUGGGAAGGCAGAUUUUGUGCUGUUGGACAACGUGUCUAUGGAGGAGUUCAUGGCGAACCUGAAACUCAGGUUUGAGAAGGGGAGGAUCUACAGCUACAUCGGAGAGGUGGUGGUGUCCGUCAAUCCUUACCGUGCCAUGAACAUCUAUGGCCGCGACACCAUAGAGCAGUACAAGGGCCGCGAGCUGUACGAGAGGCCGCCCCACCUCUUCGCCAUCGCCGACGCUGCCUACAAAGCCAUGAAGAGGAGGAACAAAGACACUUGUAUUGUCAUCUCAGGGGAAAGUGGAGCAGGAAAGACAGAAGCCAGCAAGUAUAUAAUGCAAUACAUUGCUGCUAUCACCAAUCCCAAUCAGAGGGCUGAGGUGGAGAGGGUGAAAAACAUGCUGCUUAAAUCCAACUGUGUCUUGGAGGCCUUUGGGAACGCCAAGACAAACCGCAAUGACAACUCCAGCCGCUUCGGCAAAUACAUGGACAUCAACUUUGACUUCAAGGGAGAUCCCAUCGGAGGCCACAUCAAUAACUACCUGCUGGAAAAGUCCAGGGUGAUUUUCCAACAGGAAGGAGAGAGGAGCUUUCAUUCAUUCUACCAGCUGCUUAGAGGAGGUCCAGAUUCCCUCUUACGCUCUCUUCACAUCCAGAAGGAUCCGACGGCCUACAACUACAUCAAAGUUGGAGGCCAAAUUAAGUCUUCCAUCAAUGAUGGAGCUGAUUUCAAAGCUGUAGCCGAUGCCAUGAAAGUGAUCGGUUUCACAGGGGAUGAGAUUCAGACCGUUUACAAGAUCGUGGCCACCAUCCUACAUCUGGGCAACAUGACAUUCGGGGUAGACGGUGACGUGACCUUGAUAGAGAACACAAAGCUGGUCUCUGUGAUCAGGGAUCUGCUGUCCACCAAAGAAGAAAACGUGGAGAAGGCGCUGCUCUACCGCACCGUGGCCACGGGUCGAGACGUCAUCGAAAAGCAGCACACGGCACAAGAGGCCAGCUACGGACGGGACGCUCUCGCCAAGGCCAUGUACGAGCGCCUGUUCUGCUGGAUUGUGGGACGAAUCAAUGACAUCAUCGAGGUGAAGAACUACGAUGCCAGAGUCCAUGGGAAGAACACCGUCAUCGGGGUGCUGGACAUCUACGGUUUUGAGAUUUUCCAGAACAACAGCUUUGAACAGUUCUGCAUCAACUACUGUAAUGAAAAGCUGCAGCAGCUGUUCAUCCAACUGGUGCUGAAGCAGGAGCAGGAAGAGUAUCAGCGAGAAGGCAUCCCCUGGAAACAUAUUGAUUACUUCAAUAACCAGAUCAUUGUGGAUUUGGUGGAGCAGCAGCAUAAGGGCAUCUUCUCUGUGCUGGACGAAGCCUGUAUGAACGUGGGCAAAGUCACGGAUGAGGUUUUCCUCCAAGGACUCAAUGGCAAGCUGGCCAAACAUGCCCACUACACCAGCCGCAAGCUCUCACCAACUGACAAGAGUUUGGAGUUUGACAGAGACUUUCGCAUCAGGCACUACGCAGGAGAUGUGGUGUACUCAGUGGUGGGUUUUAUUGAUAAGAACAAAGACACUCUGUUCCAGGAUUUCAAGAGACUGCUAUACAACAGUUCUAACCCAGUACUGAAAGGGAUGUGGCCCGAGGGCAAACUGAGCAUCACUGAGGUCACCAAACGACCACUGACAGCUGCAACGCUCUUUAAAAACUCCAUGAUCUCAUUGGUGGAGAACCUGGCCUCCAAGGAACCCUACUAUGUUCGCUGCAUCAAACCCAACGAUGUCAAGUCCCCUCUACUCUUCGAGCAGGAGCGCUGCCGUCACCAGGUGGAGUACCUCGGGCUGCUGGAGAACGUCAGAGUGCGGCGUGCUGGCUUCGCCUACAGACAGACGUACCCUCGCUUUCUACAGAGAUACAAGAUGAUCUCAGAGUUUACGUGGCCAAACCAUGACCUGCCAUCAGAUAAAGACGCAGUGAAGAGGCUCCUGCAGGGGUGUGGAUUCGACCACGACGUGGCUUAUGGCAAAACCAAGGUCUUCAUCCGCACACCACGUACGCUCUUCAGCCUGGAGGAGCAGCGGGCAGAAAUGGUCCAGAGAAUUGUCCUCUUCCUCCAGAAGGUGUGGAGAGGCACCAUUGCCAGAAUGCGAUACCGGCGGAUGAGAGCGGCCCUUGUCAUCCUGCGGGCCUACCGACGCUACAAGGUGAAGUCUUACAUCCGAGAGGUGAACCGGCGCUUCAAAAAUGUCCAGUCCAUGAAGGAUUACGGCCGCCAUGUGAAGUGGCCCACGCCUCCCAAAGUCCUGCGCAAGUUUGAGGAGGCACUCAGGAGCAUCUAUAACAGGUGGUGGGCAUGGACACUGAUCAAAGGCCUCUCUCCAGAAGAAGCCCUGCAGGUGAGGGCCAAGGUAGCCAGCCUGGAGGCCCUGAAGGGCCAUAGGGCCGACCUGGGGCUACAGAGGGCCUGGGAAGGAAACUACCUGAAGCGAGACAGCCCCGAUACGGCUUCAUCAUUCACACUGGUGUCCAGUGAGCUGCAGCGCAAAGACAAAUUCAUGAGAGUUUUGUUUUCCUGCAACGUGCGCAAGAUCAACCGUUUCCACAAGGCAGAGGACCGGGCUGUGCUCAUCACUGACCGCCACCUGUACAAGAUGGACCCCCUGAAGCAGUACAAACCCAUGAAGAGCAUCCCCCUCUAUAACGUGACGGGAGUGAGCGUGUCCCCUGGGAAGGACCAGCUGGUUGUGUUCCACACCAAGGACAGCAGGGAUCUCGUGGUGUGCCUGCAGGGCAUGGUGCCUGCCAAUGAGAGCCGCAUCGGGGAGCUGGUUGGCACCCUACUCAGCCACUUCAAGAGUGAGAAGAGGAAGCUGCAGGUGAACAUCGCGAGUCCCAUCCAGUGCAGCAUGAGCGGGAGAAAGUGCACCAUCAUCGUGGAGCCCAAGAUCAACCAGUCGCAGCCAGACUUUACCAAGAGCCGAUCUGGUUACAUCCUGGCUGUUCCUGGCAACUAAAAACGGUGGAAGGAAAAAAAGCGACAGCUGAUUUCAAAACCAGGCCAUGAUGAUGAUGAUGAUGAUGAUGAUUAUGAUUCACUUUUGUUUUGCAGAGCUGCUGGUAAUGUGAUGAUACAGAUAGCAGCUCUGGAGGAGGAUUGUGGCAACUCAGUCCUCCAUAUGCAAAGCCAUGCCAAAUUUGACCUGUUUUUCAGAUUUCUAUGCAACGUUACCAUAAACAGGGAGCGUACACUACGCCUACAUGCACGAUGUCACCAGCUAAACAGGUUUUUAUAAAAUGCACUACAGGAUAAUCCACCAAAGUGGUGUUUUUUUUUCUUUCUAAAGAUCCAAAUUUCAACUGAUUCGCUUUGUGCAAUAUUUACUUUAUUGUAGAUGGAAUAUUGUGGUCGUGGAGGUGAGAGGAGAUUAUGCUGCAACUGUUCUCUGAAAAACUGAUGUUGCGUAAUAGGGAAAAAAAUCCAAAGGCUUUGCAGGAAUUUAUAAUCCGUGCAGCUCCCUGUGUAGGAGCUGGAAAAGUAAAACCCUAAAAAGAUUAAAUAAGAUGAUAUUUAUGUUUGAACACUUUUUGUAAUGUAUAUUCUAAGGAAUAGCAACGUCAGUGACCUUAAUUGAAGUCUUACUACCGACAUGGUAAAUGAAAGGAAAUGCAGCGUCCACUUUGAGUUCACUUAAUGUUUACAAUCACAUAUGAGAACAGCAACAUGUGAUUCAGUGGUUCAGUCAGUGUCUGAGGCACGAGCUCCAAAGUCCUUGUUAGUGUGUUAGUCACAGGAUGUGUUGAGCAUAUCCUGAACAUCGCAACCUGCUACAUGCAAAGUGUUAAAGAUCUAUUAAUUUAAGUCCUGCUUCUUAUACUCUCUACUGCAGCGUGUGUACUUUUAUAAUACUCUCAUACUGCUUAUAUAUCAAAGGUUAGAAUCAGCACAGUCGCUAGAAGAAAAUUUUGGCAAUGCACAUUCCUGCAAACCAUGAGUACAUUAUGUUUGCAUGUUUCAUGCAUGUCAAGUGUCUGUCAAUGUCUGCCAAGCUGCAGAGCACCGUUUAAGACUGACAAACAACAACACUGGUUGUUUUUUGGCAGUCUUUCACAGCAUAUUCGCCAGUGUUUGUGACCCCGAACCUGGGUGCAUUUCACCAACAUUAAACAUAGUUUUUCCAGCAGCAUUUUGGGUGUUUUCACCAACGCAUCAUGGCAUUUCCCACCAGGGUUUGUGGCACCAAACUUGUGUGUUUUUAGCAGCACAUUGCACCGCUUUCCAUUGGCGUUUGUCACACCGAACCUGGACGUUUUUCAUCAACACAUCACAGUGUUUCCCAGCUGCGUUUGAGUCACCAAAUCUGGUGUUUGUCAUUGACACAUUACAAUGUUUCCCAGUGGCGUGCGGCACCAAACCUGGGUGUUUUCACUGACCCCAUCACAAUCCAGCAUUUGCUAACUACAGUUUACUACAGCCACUUAACCCGAGUAUUUUUCACUGAUACAUUGCGGUGUUUCCCACAAGUGUUUGUGGCACCUAACCUUUGUGUUUUCAGCAUCCCAUCACAGCGUGUCCCCCGGUGUUUGAGCCAAUGAACCUUGGUGAUUUCACGAACGCAUCACAGUGCUCCCCAGCGGCAUUUGAGCCACCAAACCUGGGUGUUUUUCACCAGCACUGCAGCAUUCCCCAGCAACGUCUCAGCCACAGAUCCCGGCUGUUUUUCAUCAACCCAUUCUUGCUUUUCCAGUGGCUUUUGCGCCACCAUGCGUGGGUGUUUGAAGCCAAAACGUGAUUUUUUCCAAACCAUAACCAAGUGGUUUUUGUGCCUAACUUCACCACAGUGAGGUGUCAAGUUUGUAUCUGCUACAAAAUAAUGUACAAAUAUACGAACGUAUGUGUGGUUUGCAAAAACAUACAAUAAGAACAUUUUCUCUGGCGACUUGGUUGUUAGAAUAUACUUCAUGUGGCAGCACUUUAACUGCAUUUAGUAUAAAAAGAGAUGCUUAAACUGAGUAACAGAAAGCAAAUAUGAGGAUGAUAACCAAAGCAUUACUUUUUUGUUUGUUUGUUUUUAAGACAUAUUUUGAGUUUGUAUUCUCUAAAAUGUAAGACUCUAGCUUAGAGUGUUGCUGGCCAGUACUGUAUAAUCCCACGUGAAGUCCAGCCCCUGAACAUAGUCUCAUUUGCUGUCUUUGUGUUAAGUGAAUAGCCUAAUGACUUGUAGUGGUCCUUAGUCCUGUGGAAUAGACUUCCAUUUGACAAAUAUCCCCUUCAUCAGAGAGAAAGAGAGUGUGUGAGUAGGGCUGUGGAAGUGUGUGUGUGUGUGUGUGUGUGUGUGUGUGUGUGUGUGUGUGUGUGUGUGUGUGUGUGUUGAUUAGCUCUUUUUAGCUCUCCUCGUCUUGGCUCUGAGGCUGAGAGCCUGGCGAGUGGCCACAGUGAAUGAGUGAAGACAGAGGGGUGUGAAGUCUGGAAUCAGACUGCUGUCCUAGUUUACCUCCCCGUCUAAUGAUGGGAAUGACUUUUUCGUGGACUAUUUUGGAGACUCGAUUUUCAUCUGCUCUCGCUAAAACUCCCUUCGCUGGUCCCGAGGCCAAAUCACACCUAUCAAAUCAUCAGCACUUCAGAGAUUGCUUUGUACUGUUCUCACAAGCUGUCGGCUGUGCUGAAAGUUUUCACUCUGUUUUCCUCCUUUGGUAAGUGUUAGCACAUUGCAAUAUGUUCUUUUUCCAGACAUUGCAAGAAAUGUGUUGCAACACAGAAGCUCAUGAGAUGGAGAUGUCUGGCUUUACAGUGUGUGUGUUAAUACCCAUCCACAGAUUGAGUGCAUAAGGCACAAAUAUCUGUUGUUUUGUGGCAUUAAGAGGUGUUUGCUGCUCUAUAACCAACCUGAGGCUAAAAAUGUCAUUCUUGACCUUGGAAACAGCAGUUGAGAAAACAGUCUGACCACAGCAUCAUCCCUAAUGCUCCUAAGGGCCUAGGCUAGUCAUGUGUUGAAUUUUGAGCAUUUGUCUUUCGACAACAACAUUUUGAGAUAUCGGUAUGGGUUAUCUUCACUGUUCCAAUAGCAAAAAACAAAGACAGAUAGAAGUUUUAAAUGCAGUUUGAAUGUGAUGGUGUUUACCAUCUACAACUGUGCAAACUAAUGAAGAUCAUGUGAGAUGGUUGAAAGCUCUGAACAGCAAUUAAUUACUGCCUCUGUGCAUCGAGCAUCCUCGUUGUUGAAUUUGGAAGAAGUGGAUAUUUAGAUGUUUUUGUUUGUUUCAUGCCGAAAUGUUAGUUUGUUAUACAUCAGGUAGGAAUUUAGCUAACCCUGCUUGAAUUUGCCGAAAUGAAUACCUCACCCCAUAAAUGAUGUCUGUAUAUCAGUUACUCUGCGCAUGUUUCAUUGAAUUCCUGAGGAAAACUUUGUUUUUCUCGCAUGUCUCCACGGUGAACGAAAAAUCCAAAAAUUGAGAAAUUUCUCGAUGCAUUUAAGUCAGAAGGGUCCGUGUUUAACAGCAGCAAAGCUAUAUCAAAACUACUGCUUACAAACUCACACACAGUUCUUGCCGUAUAAGGGGCCGCAUACAUGCUGCCUUUUGUACUCAUAAUUAAUUAUUUUCAGUGUAGACCAGCAACAAGCACGCUUUCCCAAGUGCCUGUUUUUUAGGGCGCAAUGGCUGUGCCUUGAGGUAAACCGAGUUCAACUUUAGGAAAGCAGCAGCGCGCACCACAUGUCGUGACGAGGAACAACCAAUCACAGCCAGCAGGUAUCUUUCCCUUCUUCUGUAAAUAUCAGUUUGUAGUAAAUCUGGAAAAGUUGAUCAUGUUAGUGCAGGGCUACCCAGAGCUUUACAUCGGCCCCGCAGACGAUAGGCCUACUCACUUAUAAACAGCUCCUGGAAGAAGAUCAGCUCUGCACUCAGGAUUUCAGGUAAAUAGGCUUUGAUACGUUGCUUGUUAAGGCUGCUUAGCAACCCCAGGCGCAACCUGCUGCCAUGCUCUUGAAAGCUGGCACAGAAGUAGCAUCCGGCGCUCAACCUUGCGUUCUCCAGGCGGUUAAUGGUGCAGCAUGUGUACGGCCCCUUAGUCUCAUUUAUCCAGUCGAAGGCUCAGUACUCUCCAAACACAUGCAUUUUCACAAAAACAUUACAAUUUAAAACACACUUGCAUGAACAGUCUCAUGCACGGACAAGCAGCAUGGCUGGGCUGUUUAUGCAAAAGUGUGUUUGGAUGUGUUUUAGCCAAAAUGCAACUUGUCUGGGAAGUACUGGGCAUACGACUGGAUAUAUGAGACUUAGAUUAAACUGCAUGAGUCGUAGGAGAGUUUGUAAACACGUUUUGAUAAAGUUUUGUUGUUGUUGAAUGCAGACCCCUUUUACAUCAUUUAUCCAUGUGUUUGCCGUUUUUGGAUUCAUCGUUCAAGCUAGAAAAACGGUUUUCUUCAGGAAUUCAGGGUAAAAUGAGGUCAGUAAUUGAUUUAUAAAUCAUCAUUCUGGGGGUGACGUAUUCCUUUAAGCUUGCGAUAAUGACGGUAAAUGUGACAAAUUGUUAGGAUGAGGAAACCAGAACUGUAUCAUCUCUCUACCCACAGAGACUUGGCUGUAUUGUCUCUGAGUAAAGCCUAAGUAAAGAGCACUGACUGUGGGCUGAGGAACGACAGCUCAGGGUUAUGAGCCGGAGCUCCCUCGGUGUCUGGCCUAGUUGAAGAGGCAGAGCCACUCUCGCCGGCUUCAACAGGAAGAAAAAAAACUUGUUAGCAAUCACUCCAGCCACAGCAGCAUGACACUCUAAUUGUGCCCGAGUGUUGACUCAACGAGUCGUUUAUCUUAAUUAGUUUGCAAGCACCCCCGUCUUUUGAAGGAGCAAAUCUCCAUUCUACCUCGCAGCUCUGUGGCGCCUGACCUUGUCCUGUCGCCUGAUAAGACACUUUGAUGCAGGAAAGAGUUGUUUGGGGAAGCUGGUGCAUUCAUAGUGUGGAUUAAGGAAGUGACAUUGGUAGCAUUAAUAGAUGGUUUUCUAAGGAGCUCAGGCGCAGGGGCAGCCUGUGAUGAGUGUGUGUGUGUGCGCGUGUGUGGACUCUAACGCUGCAGCUCUCCAUAUCCUUCAGCAUGGUAAUCUCCCACAGGGCUUCUCCUCUCCUCUCCUCCUCUCUGCUCUGCUAUUCACCGCUCAUCAUUAGGAUGGACUCUGUGUCACUUCUCACUUCAGCGCUUCUCUCUUCGCUUUCUUAAGGCAAAAGGGGGGGUUGGUGAACAAAGCCUUGCUUGGCCUCGUCUUCUUCUCUAUUCCCUCUGCUUUCUUUUCCUCUCUCCAGCCCUCCCUCCCUCUCUCCUUUUUCUACUUUCCUUCCUCUGUCAAAUCACUUCGCUCCUCGCCCAGUUGGGCUGACUGUACCGUCCUGCAGGGCAGAGAAGGUUUUCCUAUUUUUUUGUUUUCCUAGCUUUCCGUCCUGUGCUCAGGAGGCGUGGAAAUAAAAGAGAAGCUACACCAGCAACAAUACAGUACAUGUCGAACAAUAGGAGUAUCAUGCAGCAACGAAAACAAAAGAGAUGAGACAAAGCCGAGUAUAUUAACCUGAAUGUAAAUACUGUGGAUCAAAAACCUGGUUAAGGAUAGAAAAAAUAAUUGUGUGUCUUUAUUAUUGUCAGCAGACCCCAUGAAAAACAACAUUUCCGGCUGGGUAUCGUUACGCAAAAACUUUUUAGGAUUCAACCAAAAUAAUCCAGUACUAAGUAGUGACAAAACUCCUCCAGUGAAAUGUUACCUGCAUUUGAUUUGUUUGAGCCAGAAGUCUGAUAUUGCAUCGUCCGUCAGUUCAUUGUCUGCCCAGUUAGCAAAAGCUAACACAGCAGAGGCUAACAUCCAUCACCAAGCCGAUGAACAGUCCCAACAAACUGACACAAACACCAAAAUGGCUCGAUCCUGUCAUUAAACACAUUCAACACUCUCUCAUACCUAAACAAAACAGGUCUAUUUCCACUGACUUCCAAAACAGCUAAUAUGACAAAACGACAUAUACUCCCGUCCUAACAGUCACAGUUAUUAACUCAUUGUUAACGUCAAGAAACGGUCUUAGUUACGCUCCAAAACUACCUGGUUAGAUUUAGGAAAAACCUCACAGUCUGGCAAGAGAUAAGUGCUUUUUUUCAGUAACACAUUGUGACAUAUAUCAUGUGGCAGAUGUCACAUAUGUCACUCAUGUAGCAUCCUACACAUACUAGCAUGCUGCUGACUUUGGAACACAAACACUGGUCUCCUGGUUGUAAGUCCUGUGUUUGUUUAACACCUCCAUCAGCCCUCUCGCCCACCCUGUAGGGACAUCUUUGCUACUUGUACAACAUUACGCAGACUUUGUGACUUUGUCAUGCCUUCAAUGCUACUUUGCUUUCUCCUCUGCUCUUGUAAUAAUUACUACGACCACUAGAAGGCGCCACCUUAGAAUGAACGCAAGUAUAGGUCGUUAAAAGCUGCUUGCACAGUCAACUUAAGUGGUCAUUUUUCCAGUGAGCAGGCUGAUUAGCUGUGUGAUGCUAAUAGUUAGCCCUGUCACUGUGUGUGUGCAGCUGGGUGGACUCUCACAACUGUCCCUGGUGCAGAGCUCACACUCCCGCAGCAGCAGCUACAACCCAACCACAUUGUGGUGUGGUGAAGUCGAGCGCAGCAUAUUUUAUGGAGUUGGCAAAAAGUAGGGCUAUAGGCUCCAACACGCCACUUACGCUCACACUCAUAAUUAUUUAAACGAUACCCAGCCCUAACAACAAGCAGAGUCGU